GAGAAACAGGUCCCCUUCGUCUCGUCACCAUUUUAGAUUUCCCGAAAGCUCGCCGUCUCCGGCCACUCGCCGGCGAUGGCCGCCGCCUCCGCCGCCUUUCUCCAAGUUACAAUCCUCCUUCUCAUUCUCCUACUGAUCUCCGUUGCCGAUGCCCUCGUCUUGCACCUUCCAUCCGGCCGCGUGAAGUGCUUCUCAGAAGAGCUCCGCCCCGGGGCCGUAUCCACGGCCAGCUACCGCGUCGUCUCCGAUGAAGAUACCCUCUCCGGCGCCGAUCGCAAGAUCUCUCUUCGGGUAACCGGUCCUGAUGGCGAGCCCCUCCACGUCGCCGAGGCCGUCGAGUCCGGCCGCUUCGGUUUCGUUGCCGAUGAGGCCGGGACCUACAUGGCUUGUUUAUGGUCACCGAGAUUCGAGCUUUCGGGCACUGUGACUGUGGAUUUUGAAUGGCGAGCAGGGAUAACAGCUAAAGAAUGGCCAUCUAUCGCCAAGCGAAGCAAGAUCCAAGGUUUGGAAAUUGAGUUGAAGAAGUUGGAGGACUCCAUCAAGUCUAUACAUGAAGAGAUGAUAUAUUUGCGCCAAAGGGAGGGUGAGGCACAAAGCUUAAACGAAUCCACAAACUCGAAAAUGGGGCUUUUGAGUAUGGCAUCUCUUCUUGUUUGCUUAGGAGUUGCAGGCUUGCAGUUUUGGCAUUUGAAGGUCUUUUUUGUGAGACAAAAAAUCUUAUGACGAGGCAUUGGCUGAAAAUUUACAUCGGGGUGUGAUCUUGGCACAACAAGUAAGUGUUCUUUAUUUCUUCAUCCUCAAACAAAACUCUAUGUAAAAAAAUUAUUUCUUGAUGAACUGGUUUUCUUGUAUCCGUUUUUCCACCUUAAAGUCAUCAUGUUUUUGCUUCGAUUUGCUAAGGUGAAUGUAAAGGACUAAGAAACCACAGAUUUGAUUCCAAACUCAUCAGUUGAAUUA